GCCUGCGACGCGUGCGGUGUGGCCGGGCGAGGGCUGAGCGGGGCCGAGCAGGUCGGAGCUGGACGGGUGGCGCGGCCGCAGCCGUCACAGGAAACAAGGGACCAUGGUGCUCAGCAGUUUGGAUAAGAUUAUUCACCUGCAGAAAAACACUGCUAACAUCAGGAACAUCUGCGUUUUGGCUCACGUUGACCAUGGAAAAACUACUCUGGCUGACUGUCUUAUAUCCAGCAAUGGAAUCAUCUCCAGCCGCCUGGCAGGCAAGUUAAGGUACAUGGACAGCCGAGAAGACGAGCAGGUUCGAGGGAUCACUAUGAAAUCCAGUGCCAUUUCCCUGCACUACACGACAGGUAACGAGGAGUACCUGAUUAAUCUGAUAGACUCUCCAGGACACGUGGACUUCUCCUCGGAAGUGUCCACCGCCGUGCGCAUCUGUGACGGCUGCAUCAUCGUGGUUGACGCCGUGGAGGGGGUCUGUCCGCAGACACAAGCUGUCCUGCGCCAGGCCUGGCUGGAAAACAUCCGUCCGGUGCUGGUGAUCAACAAGAUAGACCGCUUGAUAGUGGAGCUGAAGUUCAGCCCGCAGGAGGCCUACGCUCACCUCAAGAACAUCUUAGAGCAGAUCAAUGCGCUCACGGGAACUCUCUUCACCUCUAAAGUCCUAGAGGAAAGGGCGGACAGAGAGACCGAAUCCCGCGUGAACCCCAGUUCUGAGCCCGGAGAGCAAGUGUACGACUGGAGCGCGGGCCUGGAGGACACGGACGACUCGCACCUGUACUUCUCUCCGGAUCAGGGCAACGUGGUGUUCACCAGCGCCGUCGACGGGUGGGGCUUUGGAGUUGAGCACUUUGCCAAAAUCUACAGUCAAAAAAUCGGCAUCAAAAAGGAAGUUCUUUUGAAAACCUUGUGGGGAGAUUACUCCAUCAACAUGAAGGCCAAGAAGAUCGUGAAGGCUAAAGGGAAGAAACCUUUAUUUGUGCAGCUGAUCCUGGAGAAUAUAUGGAGCUUGUAUGAUGCCGUCUUGAAGAAGGACAGAGAAAAAAUUGAUAAAAUAGUGACUUCUUUAGGAUUGAAAAUUGGAGCCCGGGAGGCACGACAUUCAGACCCUAAAGUUCAGAUCAAUGCCAUCUGCAGCCAGUGGCUGCCCAUCUCCCACGCUGUGCUGGCGAUGGUGUGUCAGAAGCUUCCUAGCCCCCUGGAUAUGGCAGCCGAGAGGGUGGAGAGACUGCUGUGCGCGGGAUCGCAGGCGUUCGACUCUCUGCCGCCCGAAACCCAGGCCCUGAAAGCAGCUUUCAUGAAGUGUGGAAGCGAGGACACGGAUCCGGUUAUUAUCUUUGUUUCCAAAAUGUUCGCCGUUGAUGCCAAGGCUCUGCCCCAGAACAGGCCCAGACUUCUCACGCAGGAAGAAAUUGCUCAGAGGCGAGAGCGUGCGAGACAGAGGCAUGCGGAGAAGCUGGCCGCGACACAGGGGCAGGCACCCGCGGAGCCCCCCCAGGACGGGAGCGCCCCUGAAACAAGUCCAAAGGGAGAACAACCAAAAGGUGAUGAGCCACGAGUGGAGAGUGCGGCCCUUAGAUCACCGCCCCAGGACGGAGACGGCCAAGAGUCUUUCGUUGCUUUCGCUCGCGUGUUCAGUGGUGUGGCUCGAAGAGGAAAGAGAAUUUUUGUCUUGGGACCCAAGUACAGUCCUGUCGAGUUUUUGCGGCGGGUGCCAUUGGGCUUCAACACUCCACUAGAAGACCUUCCCCCGAUCCCCCACAUGGCGUGCUGCACCUUAGAAAACCUGUAUCUGCUGAUGGGCAGGGAACUGGAAGACCUAGAGGAGGUCCCUCCAGGAAAUGUGCUAGGCAUAGGGGGCCUUCAGGACUUCGUGCUCAAGUCGGCGACUCUGUGCAGCGUGCUGUCCUGCCCACCGUUCAUACCGCUCAGCUUCGAGGCCACCCCCAUCGUGAGGGUCGCUGUUGAACCAAAACACCCAAGUGAGAUGCCUCAGCUCGUCAAAGGGAUGAAGCUGCUGAACCAGGCCGACCCGUGCGUCCAGGUUCUGAUUCAAGAAACAGGAGAGCACGUUUUAGUCACAGCAGGGGAGGUCCACCUCCAGCGAUGCCUGGACGACUUGACAGAAAGGUUUGCAAAGAUUCAAAUCAGUGUUUCUGAACCCAUUAUUCCAUUCAGAGAAACAAUCACAAAACCACCCAAAGUCGACAUGGUCAAUGAAGAAAUAGGCAAACAGCAAAAAGUCGCAGUUAUCCACCAAACUAAAGAAGAUCAGAGCAAGAUCCCUGAAGGUGUCCAGGUUGACGCGGAUGGGCUCAUCACCAUGACAACCCCAAAUAAGCUUGCCACACUCAGUGUUCGAGCCUUGCCCCUUCCAGAAGAAGUCACACAGAUUCUGGAAGAAAAUAGUGAUCUGAUUCGUUCUCUGGAGCAGCUGACGUCUUCUGUGAACGAGGGCAGAGAUGCUCAGAUGAUCCACCAGAAGACCCAAGAGAAGAUUCGCGAAUUCAAAGGAAAACUAGAGCAAUACCUGACAGGGCGGAAAUGGAGGAACACUGUUGACCAAAUCUGGUCAUUUGGUCCAAGAAAAUGUGGGCCCAACAUAUUAGUUAAUAAAAGUGAGGACUUUCAGAACUCAGUAUGGACAGGCCCAGCCAUCAAAGCUUCAAAAGAGGCCAGUAGAUACCGAGAUUUGGGCAACAGCAUCGUGAGUGGUUUCCAGUUAGCUACCCUCUCUGGCCCCAUGUGUGAGGAGCCUCUCAUGGGCGUCUGCUUCGUUCUGGAAAGAUGGGACCUGAGUAAGCUGGAGGAACAAGGGUCAGGUGGCAGACACGGUCAAGAGCAAAGGGAUGUGGCGCAGGAUGCCCAGCGGGAAGGGGAGGCCUGUGCCGGGGGCGGCGAACAGCCGGGGCUCCCAGAUGGUGGCUCUGAGCCCUCGGAGAAGACCUCCCAGAAAGGAGAGCCCUCGCCCACUGACUGCUACGGACCCUUCUCGGGACAGCUCAUCGCCACCAUGAAGGAGGCAUGUCGCUACGCCCUGCAGGUGAAGCCCCAGCGUCUGAUGGCAGCCAUGUACACGUGUGACAUCAUGGCCACCGGCGACGUUCUCGGUCGGGUCUAUGCUGUCUUGUCGAAGAGAGAAGGCCGGGUGCUUCAGGAAGAGAUGAAGGAAGGGACGGACGUGUUCACCGUCAAGGCCGUGCUGCCGGUCGCCGAGAGCUUCGGCUUCGCGGACGAGAUCAGGAAGCGGACGAGCGGCCUGGCCAGCCCACAGCUGCUGUUCAGCCACUGGGAGGUCGUCCCCAGCGACCCCUUCUGGGUGCCGACCACCGAGGAGGAGUACUUGCACUUCGGGGAGAAGGCCGACUCCGAGAACCAGGCCCGCAAGUAUAUGAACGCCGUGCGCAAGAGGAAGGGCCUGUCCGUGGAGGAGAAGAUCGUGGAGCACGCGGAGAAGCAGAGGACCCUCAGCAAAAAUAAGUGACCGCGGCGCCCGGCGUGGGUGCUGGGACGGCCGCCGUGCCGCCUUUCAAUAAAGCCGAUGCUUAGAAAUGUUGUAAAGGGGCGUCGGGGAGCAUGUUUCCAGAGCGUGUGCUUGAUCGGUUCCGGGCUGCGGGGACUCGCUGUUACAGACGACGCGGCGGCGACCUCCGCCCCCAGCAGUCCGCGGCUCGUGGGCGUCUCCACGCAGCCCGAGUUCACGGCGGCUUCCCGCAUCCCCGCGUACAGCCUCCCCCGUCCCUUGGAAGAGACCACGUGCUCCAGGGGCCACCUGCCUUUUAGCUGCUUGAACCAGGCACGGUCACAGCGACCCUUCCUCCAGUGGGUCCGUCUGGGAAACCGGCGUCCUGUGGGAGUGCCGCCGGCCUCAGCCCUCGGGCUGCGUGUCCCGCACCAGUGACACUGCCCCUGUUCGUUGCCCAGGGGGGUUAGUGACAGUUAAGCCCCACACCUUUUCUUUAGACAAAAACAAUAAUUUCUUAAUUUCCUUGACAGCUUCCUCGUAGUCUUAAGGGACAUUAGCUCACGUGACGAGAUCAUUGCCUUGAUUGCAAAUAUUUUUCUUAAAUUGCCUCGGUCGUGUCCUUCAGGGAGAUCGCCAUAGAAGGAGCAAAUGCGAUUCAGCCAGAAAUAGAUUUUGUAAUUUUUGAUGUUGUACGAAUAAUUUUUAUUGCCACUUAAAGGAAGGAUUCUUUCUCAAAACUCAUAACAUUAUCAGGCCAGGCUUUUAUUUCAAAAUGAUUUUAAUGUUUCCCCCCCCAAUAAACUAAGUCAAUAAACCA